GUCUCUAGGUAGACACUUUUAUCCUAAGUCACUUCCAAUAGACUUUCUAGCAAUUCUAGCAAAUAACCAAUAGAUAUACUGUAUAUAUAUAUAUAUAUAUAUAUAUAUAUAUAGUAUGAAUAUUUUUUAAAGGCGUAUGUUUGCCUUUAUGGUUGGAAUUAUGUACCAGAUAGAGGAUAAGGGAGAAUAUAUGACUAAUACAUUAUUUUCUAAUAUUAUAGAGGAUGUCCAAAGGAUCCAAUCUAACCAAAGAAGCAAAACUGAGCAAAAAAGAAACAAAGAGAGACUUCACAAACGCCCCCAGUGCAGAAAGACUUCAUACCAGGAAUUACAUCAGCUACAGGACACCAGGAAGAAACAACAUGAAUGCUCCCAGUGUUUCAAAACAUUUACUAAACGUUUCAGUCUUACAAUUCAUCAACAAAUACACACAGGAGAAAAAACCCAUCAUUGCAGUACAUGUGGGAAGGCCUUUAGUCAAAUGUCUAAUCUCAAGACACACCAGAGGAUCCACACCGGGGAAAAGCCAUACCAGUGUACUUCAUGUGGCAUGGCCUUUAAUCAUUUGUCUGCUCUCAAGAUACACCAGAUGAUCCAUACUGGGGAAAAGCCACACCAGUGCAGUACAUGUGGGAAGGCCUUUAGUAACGUGUCUGAUCUCAAGAAACACCAGAGGAUCCAUACUGGGGAAAAGCCACACCAGUGCAGUAUAUGUGGGAAUGCCUUUGCUCGAAUGUCCAAUCUCAAGAAACACCAGAGGAUCCAUACUGGGGAAAAGUCACACCAGUGCAGUACAUGUGGGAAGGCCUUCAGUCAAAUGUCUAAUCUCAAGAGACACCAGAGGAUCCAUACUGGGGAAAAGCCAUAUCAGUGUUCUCAAUGUGGAAAGGCCUUUAGUCGAAUGUCUACUCUCAAGACACACCAGAGAAUCCAUACAAAUGAUGUGCUGUCCUGCUAAUACAUGAUGGAGUAUCUCUAACUGAAAUUGUUUUUGAUUAGCUGAGUUUUUAAUAACAUUUGAUGUACAAGAUGAAGUAUUAUUUGAUCCUAUUUGAAACGUGUGUUGGGGUAGAGAUUGAAACAUAAAUUGUUAGGGUACAUGAAUUGAAUAAAACUAAAACUUGAAGUGA